CGAGUCCUUCCUUAGUGACGCAAUGGGGUAAUCUUGGCCCGUCACUCCACCAAAGCUCCAGUUCCCUCCACGAUUGCCCCCUCGUGCCCCUCAUCGCCUUUCAUGCUAAAGUGAUCCAGCUCGACGAUAGCUAUAUAAAGCUGUCAGGUUCACGACAUUUUGUUUGAGUCUGUCGUCAGAAGAAAGCCCACAGUUUUUCAGACUCAUUAUACAGUGUAAACAGAAUACACAAGAGACAAGAUGGCAGCAGGCAAGACAUUCAACGUUGGAAUCAUUGGAUAUGGACUAUCCGCCAAGGUGUUCCACAUCCCUUUCAUCAACCUCACACCUCAGUUCAAGUUGCACAGCAUCGUCCAGCGCAAGCCCACAGCCUCCUCUUCAGCACCAAAUGACUACCCAGAGCUGAAGCACCACACCUCCCUGGAGCCCAUGCUUCAGGACCCUGAUGUCGACAUCAUCAACAUCCUCACACCACCCAAUACUCACUUCAGCUUCUCCAAGCAGGCCCUGCAGGCCGGCAAGCACGUCCUCGUCGAGAAGCCUUUCGUGCCCACCAUCGAGGAGGCUGAGGAACUCAUUCAGAUCGCCCGGGAGAAUGAGCGCCUCAUCUGUGUCUACCAGAACCGUCGCUGGGACAGUGACUUCCUUACAGUCAAGAAGAUGAUUGCCGACGGCGUCUUUGGCCGAGUCUACGAAUUUGACACCCACUUUGACCGUUUCCGUGCCGACCGCCCUACGUCAUGGAAGGGCGAGCUGACCAUGGCCGAGGGAGGAGGCGCCCUCUUUGACCUAGGAUCCCACCUCAUCGACCAGGUCUACAGCCUCUUCGGCAUGCCAGAGACUGUCUACGGUAAGCUUGUCAGCCAACGCGACGGCAAGUUCGACCCCGAGGACCCCGACAGCGUGCACGCGCAGCUCUGCUACCCCGAUGGCCUCAUCGUCAGCGUGCGCAUCGGCGUCAUGAGUGUCGAGACGAGCCAGCCGCGGUUCUGGGUGCGCGGCACCAAGGCCAGCUACCACAAGACGUGCCUUGAUCCCCAGGAGGACCAGCUCAAGGCCGGCGCCAAGCCCACCGAUCCUGGUUUCGGUGUUGAGGACCCCAUGAACGGCGGAAGGCUACUGCUGUCGAAGGAGGGUGGCCAGGUUGAGGAGCGCAUGAAGCCGACGCACAAGCCGGAGACCUACCUCAAGCUUUUCGAGGGCUUCGCCAAGGCUGUUGAGACUGGAAGGGAGGAGUACGUUCCUGUGCCGGCGAGAGAGGCGCGGGAUGUCCUGCGUAUUAUCCACGCUGUCAAGGAGAGCGCAAAGUCGGGACGCGAGGUUCGGUUCUAAGACAUUUGUUGAAGUUUGAGAUGUCUCUACCGCAUGGUCCGAGGUUAGCCGCCGUCGAUGGUCUCGGGGAGCCGAUGCGGUGAGGCGGUCGUGGCGUAGCGUGCCGAGCCGAUGGGAGAAAAUUAGAGCCCGUUGACGCAAUGCUAGCAAGUACUAGUAAGUCACGUACAAGUUUGUCUAUUUUGGAAGGGAGGGGGCUCUAGGUACUUACGCGUAGCGAGUCUGUCGUAUUAUAGCGGUUGCGUCUUAUAGUAAUCGAAAACGUAUUCCAUGUC